CUAUAUGUAUUUUACCAGAGCACAGUCCCAAAUCCCAACUUCUACUCCUCUCUCUACUUUCUCUGUCUAAACUCCCCGAUGGCGCCAGAACCAGAAGACAUCAAGGAUGAGAAGAACCCUAGACCCCUCGACGAGGAUGACAUCGUCAUCAUGAAGACCUAUGGGUUAGGACCGUAUUCAAAGCAUAUUAAACAAGCAGAGAAAGAAGUAAAGGAUCUGGCUAAAAAGGUCAAUGAUUUGCGCGGUAUUAAGGAAUCCGAUACUGGGUUAGCUGCACCCAGUCAGUAUGAUCUCGUUUCGGACAAGCAGAUGAUGCAGGAGGAACAGCCUCUUCAGGUGGCUAGAUGUACGAAGAUUAUCAAUCCCAAUUCCGAGGAUGCUAAAUAUGUCAUUAAUGUCAAACAAAUUGCAAAGUUUGUUGUGGGUCUGGGUGACAAGGUUUCCCCAACGGAUAUAGAAGAAGGCAUGCGUGUGGGGGUUGAUAGGAACAAGUAUCAAAUUCAGAUUCCUUUGCCUCCAAAAAUUGAUCCAAGUGUGACCAUGAUGACUGUGGAAGAGAAGCCAGAUGUGACAUAUAAUGAUGUGGGUGGAUGUAAGGAGCAGAUUGAAAAGAUGCGAGAAGUUGUUGAGCUGCCUAUGCUUCACCCCGAGAAAUUUGUGAAGCUUGGGAUCGAUCCGCCUAAGGGCGUCCUCUGUUAUGGUCCUCCAGGAACUGGCAAAACUCUUCUGGCCAGGGCUGUUGCGAAUAGAACUGAUGCUUGCUUCAUUCGUGUGAUUGGGAGUGAGCUUGUUCAAAAAUACGUUGGUGAGGGGGCUCGGAUGGUCAGAGAGCUGUUCCAGAUGGCACGCUCAAAGAAGGCCUGUAUUGUCUUUUUUGAUGAAGUAGAUGCGAUUGGAGGAGCGAGGUUUGACGAUGGUGUGGGUGGAGAUAAUGAAGUUCAGCGGACUAUGCUGGAAAUUGUGAAUCAGUUGGAUGGCUUCGAUGCUCGUGGGAACAUUAAAGUCUUGAUGGCGACAAACAGGCCUGACACACUGGACCCAGCGCUACUGCGGCCAGGACGGUUGGAUAGGAAGGUCGAGUUCGGCCUCCCUGACUUGGAGAGUAGGACGCAGAUCUUCAAGAUCCAUACAAGAACGAUGAAUUGUGAAAGGGACAUUCGGUUCGAACUGUUGGCUCGUCUAUGCCCAAAUUCAACGGGAGCUGAUAUUAGGAGUGUGUGCACGGAAGCUGGGAUGUAUGCCAUAAGAGCUCGAAGGAAGACAGCAACAGAGAAGGACUUCCUCGACGCAGUCAACAAAGUCAUAAAGGGGUAUCAGAAGUUCAGUGCGACACCAAAAUACAUGGUUUACAAUUGAGCAGAGGAGAUAGUGUAUCGUGUUUGCAGAACCCAUCAAGAAGCGAUGCAUUCUCUAAUGGAGGGAGGAGGAUAUGCAGUGUUCCUUUUUAGGGUCACCUUGGCGACUUUCACGUCUGUUGUUUAAACUUGGUAUCUUUCCUGUUUUAUAAACCAAUCUCGUAAAAUUUAUUGUUCGCUAAGCUGGUGGUUCUGAACUUGGAUCUGCUCCAUCGGAAAAACGAUCCGAUUGCUUUAUACACUUGUUUUUCUUGCCACUCCAAUUGCUAGACAGCUACAUUUGCAGUUAUUCCAAGUAGUGGUGAUGGUGGAUGUUUACA